AUGCUUUGGCGCUAUGAUUCCUACAUAGGCCUAUACAUCCCUCUCCUCCGGUCCUCUCUAUCUGUAUGGACCGGCGGAAACUGGCAGGAUACAAGCCGUCUCCCUACCGGCUUUGAAGCCCACUAUGACCAAGUCCAUGCUGCCGCGCGGGCACGUGGACGUAAAGUGCUUGAGUUCAAGGUCCAGGAUGGCUGGGAUCCUCUCUGCCAGUUUCUAGGAAAGGAAGUCCCGAGUGAACCGUUCCCUCAUGUCAAUGAAGGUGAUUUUAUUGCUAGAUUUCAUGUCAUUAUUUUCUGGGUGCGGCUGGUAGGCUUGGCGAAGAAGGGCUUGAUAUGGGCUUCCCCUGUUGUUGCUGUUGGGGCUGCUUGGUGGUAUUUUGGCUGA